AUGCUGUAUUCUCUACCUGCAGAUCUGCAAUUGGAGAACAGGCUCUGUGCUGUGGUAGCAGAUGACAGAAUGAAAGCGCCUGGUUACAGCUGCUGGCCUCGGGGCUGACCAGCCCUGCGCACCAGCCGAGGCAGAACAGAGCAGCGCUGCAGAGAGACGGCCGCGACCGGACAGCGCCGGCACCUAGCUGCAGGCGGCGCUGCGGCAGGAGGCCGCGGUUGCAGCUCUGGACAGGCGGAAGAAGCAGCCGCUUCCUCCUGCGCGGGCUGUUGGAGGCGCUGCGCCGGCAUGGUGUGCGCGUUCCUGCUGGAGAUCCGGCGGGGGACGCAGAGCGCCUUGCUCGUUAUCCGCGAGGCGAGCUUGCGGAACCUGCCGGCCGACAUCUCGGUGGCUCCGGGCCGGCUGGAAGUGAGGAGCAGCUCCGCCUGCGGGGUGGCUGCGUUGCCGCCAGGGGUCAGCCUGGCUCCGUCCUCCUGCCGCGGGCUGCGGCGCCUGCACGGAGAUGGCCUGCACCUGCACCUGCGGCUGCGCGAUGUGCCCCGCGCCGCGGAAUUGGUUUAUAAUCUGAGGGAAAGCCUGAAACCACAGAAGAGUUACAUCUUUUACUGCCAGUCCUGUGGUGACAUCAUAGUAAAAGAAAGGAAAUUUUUCAGAGUUCUUCCUCUACCAAGUGAAAACUGGAGUGCUUUAGUAGAAGAGUGGUGUUGUCACCCUAAUCCCUUUGCAAGAAGCACUUUACACCCUCAGCAUGAUGACUGUUUUCUUGGAGAGACUUUUCUCCUGUUGAAUUCAAGAAAUGAAUCAUAUGUGCCUGAAUCUCUCAAGUGCAGCUCAGAGACUGAACAUCAUCACACUUCUCAGAAUGACUCUACCCUGAAAUCAAAGGAAAAUACCAGAGUAAUUUGUGAGCGCUGCAAGACAACACUGGGAGAAACAGUAUCAUCAGAUACUAUUAAAUACUAUGUGACUGAGGUGAUUGUUUGGCCAUCUGAGGAAACCUUCAGCACAAUACCAAGGUCUCAAUUCAUACAGAGUAUGGUUGCUCAGUGUCUUGUGGAAUUGUCCUCUGCUAAAAGCACAUUUAGAUUCACCAUAAAAGGUGACAAUGGAAGGAUCUAUAUUCUGAUAUGGCUUUUAAAUUCUGACACAUUGCUGGUGGAGUCCUCAGGAAGUUCCUCCUCCCACAGUGUCUUUACACUGUUUGGCGAUAAUUUCAUGGCAAGCUGUGGACCAUCAGGGAUGUGGAAUGCUGUCAAAGUUCUCUACCAGCCGUGCAUUAAUAACAGGAAUAAAGACCUUGCUGAUGCCUGGGAAAAUGAUUUUGGAGUUCAUCCUUUAAAGUUUCCAUCAGAAACAUGUCUGGAAUUACUUCUGAUGCUGAGUUUGAGUACUGCUUCUUUACCCCCUUCAAUUCAGCGCAUGAACUCUUUUCAGGUUGCCUUUCUGAAGCUGUGAAGAUCUCAGUUACCUAUGUAGAAAACUCUUCUCAAAUUCCCUUCCAUCAGACAUAUACAGAAACCUUCCAAUGGUGUGACACCUGAAAAAAAAUCUCCUGGCAGUACAAAGCAGGUUGAGCUAUGGCACGCAUUAUUCUUUCUAUCUGGAAGAGAUUCAAAGCCAAAGACGGAGUUAGCUUUUACAUCCAGUACAUUCUUAGAUGUUGUUGUAAGAGUGACUGCUCACAUCAAGCUGGACUAAGUUAUAUGUAGUCAAUACUACCUUUGUUAGACAGUAUUGGGAGUCCUAAAAAGACAGGCAGCAAAGAAGGGAUCUAAAAUAUUUAAUGUUAUGGAUGCUGAAGUGUUCUGUUCUUUCUUUGCUCUAAUAAACUUAGAAGGCUGACUUUAAAAUACAUGUUUAACAAAAACUA